UCAACUUCUAUAUAUAACGCAUGGAAAGCUCCUUUAUCAUGAAAAAAGACUUUUCAUCUUGAAUUCCUUUUUAUCAUCAUCCUACACGAAAAAACAAAACCAUUUCUCAGAAGCUAACAUGCCUCGUCGUGCCAUUACCAAAUGCUUCAGUCCCGCGUUGUUGUGUUUCGAUCCUCCUAUGGGAAAUAUUCAUGAGUUGGACUUCACACAAUAUGAGUAUUUGUUUGUCGAUGAUGACGGUGAAAUUUUAGCUACAUUAUCACAUGAAACUAUAGCUGCCCUUAUACUCCUCCCUAAAAGUCGUAACAAUGACUUUUUCACCACACUCCAAAUGCGUCCAGUCGGAUCUAAUAAUCCGCCUAAACCUGCCCAUUUUCCUAAUAUUUUUGACACUUACCCAGUUCGUGAUGAAUUUCAGGUUUACCUGAAAUGGUGUUUGGGUACCUUACCUCCAUCAACCUACAAUCCUCAUAAAAUAGAAAAUGCAAUGCAUGUUUUGGAUCCUAGACCUCAAUUGAACUUUGACUGCCCUACAUGGGAACUAGACCAUGUGUCUAUCCGGGUGUGUGUAGGGGCGUACACAGACUCUUUUCAGGUCUUUAAGGUUCCCACAUUUCCUCAUAUCCUUUAUUUAAGGGUUAUGAAUGUAGCCUUUCGUGAAAACGUACCUGGGUAUCAUAAUGUGGAUUUUACUCCAUUUACAGCCAAGGAGGCUGAAUAUGUCAUUUCGGGCCAUUACUCCCCCAUCCCUGCAGAGUCUCGUGUCUGUUGUUGGAAAGUUAGAGGCAUAGGUAGACCUUCACUCAUUGAAAACUUUAUUGCAAUGCAUAGGAUUCAUAAGCCAACUGUCGUUGUUUUAUUAGAGACUAGACAUGGCUAUGAAACAAUUCGAAUGCUUGUUAAAGAACUUCCUGGUAAUUAUUGUUUUGGGUAUUCGGCUCCAAAAAAUGGUCUUUGUGGUGGUACAGUUUAUUUAUGGAAUGAUAAUGUGGUCACUACUGAGCCAAAGCGAUGCUAUUCCUCAUCCACCGUCGCAAAUGUUUACUUUAAGGGUCAUCCCGGAUCAAGGAGAUGUUUGUUUUAAUCGGCAGUUGGUGGGCUCUUGCUUUUCUACCAUAUUUUCAUUUCCUUGUUGUUAUUUGCAAUUUUAUGAAUUUCGUCUAGUACUUGUAACCCAACUCUGCAUGCGUGC